GUUUUUUCUUGGAUUCUGAACACUCAUUACUUGUUAAUGCUCAUAUUUGGCUACAUUUGCUUCCUUCUUCUUCUUCAAUCAAAACGGGAUAGUCAUUGGGACACUCAGAGAGAUACAACUUUCCAACCGCAAGACUUUGAUCCUCGCGAUCUCUACAACGAUCAAACAAAAUGGUGGCUCGAGGCAAUAUCAUUGUUUCUAAAGAGGAGGCCAUGAAUCGCUCCAACACGAGCAACAGCACUUUGCAAGGACCGAAUAACGGUCCUUGCGCGAAGUCUGUCGUUCAGUUGAACACUGGCAUCUUGACCAAAGCGGUCAAGGUUGCCAUGCAGGACCUGAAGGACGUACUACAUAUUAAACCUUUGACAUUUGGUGCUUGGUUAGCUAUAAUGUCUUAAAUUUAGACUUUUUAGAUUGAAACAGAAAACAGGAGUACACUUGCUUGAUACGUCGUCACAACACCCUGACCAUCUGGAUUCACAGUAGAGGUUUCAUCAUGGAUAGAUUGUAACUGAUUUAGUUCCUUGUAUUAUGUUUCAUUGUAGACCGUCAAUGUACGCUAUAACCAGUAGAAGGCGUCAUCAUGUAGCUGGUUGGUUACUGUAUAGAGUUCCCAUGUCACUCAGUAUAUCCCUAUCCUAUAAUCACACACCAGGAAGCCGACAUCGCGGAAGUCUGUCCGACGAGGGCCAUGAAAGGCUAUGCCUUGGCCCGCAUCGCGAAAUGGCCUACCAGCCGCCAACUAUCUGGGUUCGUACCCAACGGCGCUACGUUAUUGGGUGUGAUCCACAGCUGCACGGGGAAGGUGCAUGAGGGCUACCCGGAAGCUUGGGCCGCGGUAUUGAAGAGAUCUGAAUGAUGUGUGAUGGAUAGUGAUGAUGAAAGAUGGCACAGUGAACAGGUGGGUAACCUCUGUUGCACUGAAAGUGUCUCGCCGAUGGAUUCAUCAGCUUGAGACAGAGCUCGAAGCUCAGAAUCUGUAAAACUGAACGCUAGACCAAACACUGAAAGAUUGACAUUGAAGAUCAGUGGCAUUCUUCACGGGUGAUUAUCUUGCAGUAGAGACUCACCAUGGUGAAACUCCUGCUCACGAGAUUGCAUCUACUCUUCAUUCAUCACUCACACAGGUCGUGAAGUGGGCCGCAGAGAAUGGAAACUCUUCGGAGGAAACCUUGUGGUUUGAAUGGUUCAAGCAAGUCUGCAAGAAUGGAGAGCCCGAUGAUGAUCGUGUUGGUGGUGAUGAGAUCGAGGAGCGCUGGCAAGAGUUCAAGUCGACCAAUGCUGGUCGUCUUGUUGAGGAGCAAAUUCCUGGAUACACAGGCCGUUCUCCCGGACCUUGUACUUCUUUAUAGCCAUCUUAUUGAAUGAAGUUUAGGCAUCAGAAAUCAGAUACAUCAUGUCAGAGUGAAACGUUGCGGAUAUGUUGAAGUGCCUGUUCUCUCAUUCUCUCCUGCGCGUCUGCUUGUUACAAUGUCAUCUUCCUCUUCCUCAGCCGCUCUGGGUCGUUAUGGAGCAGGAGCGAUGCGUGCGCGCACUCGUCGCGCAGGACCGGCACGAAUGCAUCGUCGUCGCACUCGACCGGCACGCCGAAGCGUUGCUCGUGCCCGGUGGUCGCAACGUGGCGGCAGGGCUCGCCGCAGCCGUCGACAGGAAUCGGAACGCGCCGUGGAGGGCCUGAGUGGUAAUGUUGAUCUUUGAAUAUCGAGUGUAUGAAUCUGUGAUCUCAAGUUUCUGUUCGGCCACGUUUCUGUCUAGCAUAUCCUUUCUUCUAUGACCGUAAGCAAACAUACAGAUUACUCUUGGUCUUCCGCUGAAGACAUGGACGACGAGUUUUCCGAUUUUGACGACGAUAUGAAUGACGACGAUGAGAGUCCCCGUGGCCGUCCUAAGCGCCGCCGUGUUUCUGGAAGUCCAAGCCAGGCCUAUCCAUCUUCGCACGUUCGUCCUUCGGCAUCUCGCCGCACUUCCACGGCAGCUCGCAGCAGCCGUCCUGCUGGUAUUUCCUUAUCUGGUUUGGAUGAUACAACAACAAGUUCAUGAAAAGUGUUCAAACGUGAAUGAAGAUUCUUUUCUCUAAACGUCGUUCCAUCUCUGAUCUAUCAUAUCGCUCAUUGCACCAUCUAAAGGCUCUUCGGCGUCGCGUGUCAAUACUGGUCGUCGUUCUUCCCGCUUUCCGGUGCGUCGUGGUUCGAAGAAGACACGCUCCGUCAAGAAGAACGAGCGCAAGCACAAACGUGCUGGUCACUCGAAGAAGCGUCCUGUUGGACGUCCGAUGAAGAAGCGUCCGGUUGGACGCCCGUCCAAGACUACCGCCAAACGCGCUCCGAAGCGCACGAACUCCACGAAGACCGAUGACGCCAUGGGCUCGGAAGCCCCGAAGAAGGGAGACGAACCUUCCAAGCCAGCAUCCGGAAAUGUGCCUCCACCUGGUAAGGAGAAUGCGCCGCAGAUGAAGACACCUUCCGGACGCAAGAAGGGUGCUGCUUCGCCCAGUGCGCCUGGACGCGAUGAGCCAGAGCCGUCUCCACCGAUCAUUCCGGCCGGGGAGGAGAAGUGGUCGCCACCGCUACCGGGUUCGGUUCUGUUCGGCAAGGAGAAUGAACCGUUCAUCCCCGGACGAGCGCGAUCCAGCACAGAUGUACCACAGCCGCCGAACCAGCACCGUCCGGGUGGUGCUGCCGCCUCGUCCUCGAAUCCGCAGCAAGCACAGAAAGGUGCUGGAAAGCGAGCUGCUCCGAAGCCGAAAGCGAAGACCCGCGUUCGCAACGCACCUCGCGGUCAGAACCGGGACCAACGACGAUCCGGAUUGGUCGACGAGCCGAGCCAGAUCAGCGAAGGCACCCUGAGUUCGGACGACGUGGCCGAAGACUGCGAUGAUACGGAUGAUGAGGAGGAUCCGAAUGACACGUACUCUGAUCUCGACGGGUUCGUCAUCGAUGAAGAGGAUGCAACCGACUCGGACGACAUCACCAUCACGACGAGCGAAGACGAGUAUACCGGUUCGGACUCGGAGAUGGAGGAUGUUGAGCAGCAGUAGACGGCUCGGUAUGUCGAUGUUGCGGUAGGCGAGGCACGGAGAUCCUGACAUGCAGACUCAACGUGAAGGGCGCACACAAGAAGGUCGUAUUGGAGAUUUGGAUCUAAGUCACGAAGAGGGGAGGAAAGUUGUUUCACUCUAGCACUUGGGAGAGUCGCUGAAUACAUCGUGCAAUAUAUCCACAUGUAAAGUUAGUAGUAUUUUUUGGAUUGAGCACAGUCUUUUUUGCACAGCGACAGUGCCAUAUGUACCACUGAAGUGCUGCAAUGUACAGAAUUUUGCUGUCUUUCUGAAAGACCACACAUGGGUGCAGCAGUGGUUGGGUGUCCCAGACAUAAAAUGCAC